AUGGGAUUCAAUAUUAUACGUCAAGAUUUACGUUCUAAGGCAGGAGAAUUUGGUGUUCGUCAAAAUCCUAAUCGUGAAGAACUCAUAAAAGGGUUAACUGAGAACCCACCAAAAAAUAAAAAUAAGGCCAAAGAAAUUUUUGAAUAUUUGAAUACACAACAAGAAAGUUUUACUGAUUCUGAUUGGAAGAAGCUUAAAGAUUUCGAAUUUAUUCCAAUUCAAUAUGAAAGCAAGUACCUUAAUAUAUUUUUUUUACCUAAUUAUAUAUAUGAAUUUAUUCAUCUAUUUAUUUAUUUAUUUAUUAGAUUGAAUGAUUUCCUUCGGUGUGUUGAUUUUGGAACAAAUGCUAAUAAAUUUUUGGCCAAAUGUGGUGUUAAUUACGAUUUAUUAUUUGAAGACGCUCACCGAUUGCUGUUUAAAUCAUCACGUGAAUUGUGGGAUUUAUGUAAAAAAAAUACAAAAAAUUAUUUGCAUAUUUUGGAAAAAAUUAACGAUGUUUAUAAUAAGUUUCCAGAAAAAAAAUUGAACAAAGAUGAUGUUCUAAUUGCUAUUAAAACUGAUAGUGAAGGAAAUAACAAUUAUUGUAUAGCAACAGUAAAGGAAAUUUACAUAAAUGAUGAUAAAGUAUAUCAUAAAAAUCUUAAUCCAUUUACACCACCUGAAAACUUGCGAGAUUUUUAUAAGUUUUUUUUAUAG